GCCUCGAAAUAACUUCUAUAUUGUUGAAAGCUGUCCCUCUUCAGGCGCCAUUCCUCUUCUCUCUCUCCUACCGUCUAGCGCACUCCACGUUUUCCGAAACCUCUUUCUCUUGUUUUCUCUCUCCUCACCAUUCUCUCUCCACUAUUUGUUUGAAAUCCUCUGUUCUCCCCCUCCCUAUCUUCACUUGCUGGGAAAAUGACGGACCUCGACUGUUCUAUGCCGUGGUUCUGGAUUUUUCUAGGCUUUCCUCGCAAUGGAGAAAUCCAAAUCCCAGACCCAGCUCUUAACGAUUUGAUUCUUAAGGCUCAUCAUUAUUAUUCUGAGAGCACAUGCGAUGACUUCAAAGAGAAAGAGAAGCUAUUCUUGAAGGAGAUGGAAGAUGUUACUCGCAAAUGCAAAGGGAAGGAUCCUGUUCUUCAAGACCCUUGUCCAUCUAGCUCAUCCCCAUGGAAAAGAACUGGUUUAGUUGAUGAGAGUCAUUUACAAGAAGCAUGUGAGGGUUUGGAUGAAAUGCCUCAAGUAGAUCCUGAAGAUGUUGAGGCAUUGAAACAUGUUCUUGUUGCAUCAGCUUGUGAGGGUUUGGAUGAAAUGCCUCAAGUAGAUCAUCAAGAUGAUCCUAUAAAUCUUAGGCAGCAGGUCUCUGGUCUAUGUUUGAUGGAAGGCAUACGUGACACUUGCAUAGUCAUGUCAAGCAGCUCUGAUGAUAACUCUGAACCGGAAAUCCUCAAGCCCAAUGAACACAUGGAGCCCGCCAUUGUUAAUGGAGGUUUUGAAUCUGCAACCCUUAAGCCCAAUGAUCAACUUGAACCCAGUUAUUAUGAUAACUCCACUGAACACAAUGGAUCCAAUUCUGAACCCAAAACUCCCAAGUCCGAUGAACACAUUGAAUUUGAACACAUUGAAUCCAAUCAUGUCGAUACAGAUUCUGUGGUACCUGUACCAUUCAAGACAAGAAAAUGUGAUAAGUUACCCAAAAAUGACUUGGAAAGCCAAGAUCAAGGGCAGCAAUCUGCUGGUUCUAGGAAGUAUGCUUUGAGACAUCGCCCUUUUGAGCAUUGCACAGAAAGCGCAGAACCUUCUAAAAGGCGUAAAAUAGGUCCUUGGACUGCAAAGGAGGAAGAAGUAUUGAAGGAGGGAGUAAAGUUAAUGUCAGAAGAUAACAAGUGUAUUCCAUGGAAACGGAUUUUGGCUUUUGGUCGUGAUGCGUUUAAUGCGGCUCGCACGACAAUCGACCUGAAGGAUAAAUGGGUAAAUAUUUCCAAAAAAGAAAGAAAAAAAUGAGAGCAUGAGGGUCUGAUAAUAGAAAAGCUCCUUGUCUAUAUUCUCAUUUGAGUGAAGGGGCACUUCUUGUUUUUUGUAUGUACUGCCCAUUUUGUACAGGGGGCAGCAUUUUUGUUGACGCCUCUACUACAUGACUUUGUAGCUUGGCACUUUCUGUUUCCUCAGAUGCAUACUGCCCAUUGUGUACAUGGGGCAUUAUUUUUGUGAACACCCUUACUACAGUUAAAUAUAGUGAAGAAUUCAUCUCCUUCCGCAAUCCAGACUUGAUCCUGAACGAAGGUCCAGCUUCGUGAAGUACUUUGCCUGAUCGAUCAAAGAAGUCUGCCAACAAAGAGUGUGUUUUGAAAUCUGGUACUUUUUCUUUCUAUAUGGUCUCUCGCUCUUACUUUUCCAUUGUAGUUUCAUUCAAUUCAAUGGGAUCAAUCUCUUGCCAAGAUCAAACAUGGGUCUGAUGAAAGCUUGUACUUUUGUAUUCUCUCUCUCUGUCUUUUCUAUGCGAGAUGGGUACAUUUUUUU